CGAUAAUCAAUAAAAAUGAAAAGAAUCUAAAAAACCAAGAAAAUAUUACUUCUUCAGACAUCUAAUUUAGCAGCGAGAGAGAGAGAGAAGGGCAUAAUUAAAAUUUUCGUGAAUUAGGGUUAGUAGCAGUGGCCAAAAUGGCCAACCAAUUUUACGGUUACUCUUCCCCAUCACCUUCCGCCUCCACUCUCCAACGCUAUAUCGACGCCGAUACCACCACUCAGUCUCAGUCUCAUUUGCUUCAUCAGUUCCACCCAUCCGCCGCCGCACUCAUCAAACGCCCCUCUCAAGUUCUCUAUCAUCAGAAUGUUUUGGAUACCCAAAACACACUUGGGCAGCUUGAAGCUUGGUACUCCGCUAGCUCUUUAGUCAAGCGACCUAGAUUGGAGAGUGCGAGCAAUUUACCUAUAUAUCCUCAGAGGCCAGGAGAAAAGGAUUGUGCUCAUUAUAUGCUCACAAGAACCUGUAAGUUUGGAGAUAGCUGCAAGUUUGACCAUCCUAUUUGGGUUCCCGAAGGUGGAAUCCCAUAUUGGAAAGAGGCUCCAGUGGUUCCUGCUGGUGAAUCCCUCCCUGAGAGACCGGGAGAGCCAGAUUGUCCUUAUUUUAUGAAAACUCAGAGAUGCAAAUUUGGUUCGAAGUGCAAGUUCAAUCACCCAAAAGAUGAACUGGAUCCUUCUGGUGAUUCCAAGAAUGUACAGGCAUCUGGUUUACCAGAAAGGCCCUCUGAACCCCCUUGUGCUUUCUACAUGAAGACUGGAAACUGUAAGUUUGGGGCUACUUGCAAAUUCAACCACCCAAAAGAUAUCCAAAUACAGUUAUCCAUACAAAACAAUGCCAACUACGAGCAGAAUGAUACAGUCUCGAAUAUUGGUGGAAUAACAGGAGACAUUAAGCCGGCACUAUAUCACAAUUCCAAAGGACUUCCAAUGAGACCGGAUGAAGUAGAUUGCCCAUUCUACCUGAAAACUGGCAGUUGCAAGUAUGGUUCUACAUGCCGCUACAAUCAUCCUGAUAGGAAUGCAUUUAUUCCUCCUGCAGCAUUAGGCCAUUCGCUUGUAGCAUCUGCAAGUAAUAUGAACAUUGGAGUUGUUAAUCCAGCUGCUUCUAUAUAUCAAACUCUUGACCCUAGAUUAAGUCAGACAACUCUUCUUGCACAGCAAACAUUGUCAACGUUGGCAGGCACUCCAACUGUGUAUCCUCAGAGACCUGGACAAACUGAAUGUGAUUACUAUAUGAAAACUGGAGAAUGUAAAUUUGGAGAGAGAUGCAGAUUUCAUCACCCCGUUGAUAGGUUAGCAACCAAUGAAGCUUCUCAGCAGGCUAUUAAGCUCACGCUUGCAGGAUUACCUAGGAGAGAGACCGGGACAUGCAAGUAUGGUGCAACGUGCAAAUUUGAUCACCCUCCCCCUGGGGAGGUCAUGACUUCAUUACAAGGAACAUCUGCAACAUCAUCAGGAUGAGAAACAUGACGUGAGAACACAGCUAGGAGAAGCAUGUUUAAAUAAUCAGUUAGAUGGGCAACAUGAAUGUUACUAGGGUGGAUUUUGUCAAUUUAAUGUAUGACUGUUGAUUAAGUUUCAAGAAGACAUAGCCAUGUUAGUAGUUGGAUUGUUGCUUGCAAUUGUAUUGCAGUUUGGUAAAAUUCUCUGUUCCAGUUUGUAAUUCAGGUAUUGGAUUGAAAGACAAAUUGAGUGCUCCAUCAUCAAAAUGGUGUUGGGUCAUUUUUAUCAGAG